AUAAUGAAAACAGAGACGUACAAGCAGAAAAUAGUCUGUCCCCGCGACGUAAUGGCUAGAAAGGUACUGCCAUCUAGCGAACAUCGGCAGAACGUCAGCUAAAUGGUCUAAAAUAUAAAUGUUAUUUUGCAAGUGUAUUCUUGAGAAGAAAUCACGGUACCCAAAACCAAAGAGACCACAGCAGAUAAAGUACAUAAAAAGCAGUAGAACUUCCAUUUUCUCGUACUUUCUUUAUUACAUCACAACCCUUCUAUUGCGUCACUACAUAAUCACAUGGCUCAGUCAUUGUGACAAGGAACAAGCUUUCUGUUGAGAUCAAAUCAAUCAAUUGUCCAUUUUAACGUGGGAGGGAAGUGACCAUCAACCGAAUGAGGUAAGUGAAUGGCAAAUAUCUUCUGAAAUCAAUAGUGAUGAUUAUGCAAAAAAAAAACUCAAAUUAUGUUUGUCAGAUGUUUUUCUACCUCAAAAUAGUCUAUAUCUAGCAUAAGUAGAUAUCAUAGGGAGGCAUAGGGACACCACUUUUGACUGAUGGAAGAGUCUAACAGACGUUUGUCAUCAAUGCAACCAUUUCAAAUGUUAAUUUGACACAAUACAAUUUCCCACUGAAGUUCAGUCUCAGACUCUCAUCUAUAGGUGUCACAUGCAAUGACAGACUCUGGCGCUGGAUCAUCAUUGAUGCCCCUGAGAGGCAUUCUGAAGAAUUCUCAUCCAUCUGAUGAGCCAGAGCUUUUAGUUCACAAUCCCGACUGCCCCUGGCAUUGCCAGGUACCAUCUCCGGCCAUUGUGCCCUUAACCCCUAAAACUACUCUACAACCAGGGGUGCUGCUCUGUGGCUGGCUCUGUGCCACUCGACAUACAUGUGUAUUUGGGGUGAUGGGGACUGGGACGGCGACCGUUGAGUCAGGCAGAAUACACAUUUCAGUUGUUAAAAUAGACAAAGUAUAUAUUCUAUUCUGUUUCAGUCCUCCCCAGUGCCCCUGACCCAGCUGCAGUGCCACCUCAGCCUUGGUUCCAACUCAGCAUCACUAUCCGACCCAAGCAUGCCUCUCAAAGGCAUCCUCAGGACCAGCAUCAGCUCUGGGGUGACGGAAACACAGAAAGAUUGUAACAGUUCUAAAUUUCGGAAGAGACAGAGAUGGGACGAGGGCAACAUCCUAGCCACUAGCUGCCACUCCUGGCUGAUGCCUGUGUCAGGGAGUAAGGAUGUCAAACCUGGGCCUCAUCUGUGUAGUGUCACCAUGUUGGAUGGAGGUGCAGGCACCAGUACAUCAGGAGAACAGAUAUGUCUGUGUAUGAGUAAGAGGAAGAAGAGCCAGAGCUGGAAUGAGAUGAGUAUUAUGGCCACUCAGCCUCCCUACACAGACAACCCCUGGAUGAAGGCAGAUGAUGGGUUCACUGCCUCUGUUGCAUGGCAGUCCCUGUCCCUCAGGGAUGAGGCAGGACCCAGCCACAGCACUACCAGCACCUCUUACAGCCAGCCUCCGCGGUCUCCACUGAAGCCUGGGAAGAAUUCAUCAGCCUCAAAUCAGUAUCCAGACCGAAACCAAUUAGAUCAACCUAAGGACACCUCACAACACGGGAUGAUGGGCCCGUCAAAGCAGGCAAUAGAGGCAAAGGCUAUGGCCACAGAGGAGAGUGCAGACAUAGAUCUCUACGUGAGACCCAGCUUUGAAGAGCUGAGGAAAGCCCACUUCAGAGAAGACAAAGAGGUGCUCCUGGCUCGGAGAUCCAUAGACAAAGAUGAUGAUGACGAUACGGAGAACACAGAUUAUACCGUCCCCAAGCCAAACUAUUGCAGCUGCACCUCCAGUGGUAGGGGAUACGCAGCACCGAUGAGCAAGCGGACACAGACAGAUAUGGCGAAGAAGAAGACAACUCCCUCGGAUAAGUGAUGAGUGGGUGUCUGUGUCUUGGCCACUGUCUCUGCGCCAUCACCAUCACCAUGCUUAUGUGACACCCCACCUGUAUGAGUCAAGGUGUACAGUACCAAUGCGUUGCCACAUCAAUAGACUUGUAAUAAAUGCACACCUCAAACGUUA